AUGGAAUUGAAACAUGAAUUAAUUACUCUUCCAAAUGGGAAAACCGUUAAAGUUGAAACGGGCCUUUUUAUCAAGAACACAUUUGUCGAAUCCGUAGACAAAAAACGGUUCGAAACUAUUAAUCCAACAACCGAAAAAGUAAUAACAACUGUAGCAGAAGCAUCUUCAAAAGAUGUUGAUUUGGCGGUUAAAGCUGCUACUGAAGCCUUUUAUAAUGUUUGGAAACUUGUUGAUGGGAAAGAACGUGGUAGAUUAUUAAACAAACUUGCUGAUUUGAUAGAACGAGAUUUAGAGGAAUUAGCAACUUUGGAGUCAUUAGAUAAUGGGCAAACUCUUUCUACUGCUAAAUUUAUCGAUGUUGGACAAAGUAUUGAUUGUUAUAGGUAUUUCGCUGGGUGGGCUGAUAAAAUUCACGGAAAGCCAAUUGGUGUUUGUGCUGCAAUAAUUCCGUGGAAUUUCCCUAUAUUGAUGCAAGCUUGGAAAAUGGCACCUGCUUUAGCGUGUGGUAACACUAUAAUUAUAAAGCCUUCCGAAAUGACACCAUUGGGUGCCCUUAAAAUCGCCGCGCUAUGCAAAGAAGCGGGAUUUCCGGAAGGAGUUGUUAAUGUCUUGAACGGACCUGGUCCUAUAACUGGAGAUGCAAUUGCUAAACAUAUGAAAAUUGAUAAAAUCACUUUUACUGGAUCAAACGCAACAGGAAAAUCGCUAUUAAAAGCUGCAAGUGAAAGUAACUUGAAACAGGUAUCUCUAGAAUUGGGGGGAAAAUCACCAAACAUAAUUUUUGCAGAUUCAAACCUUGACCAAGCAGUUAAAUGGGCUCAUAUGGGAAUAUUCUUUAAUCACGGACAAUGUUGUACUGCUGGGUCUCGUGUUUAUGUUCAAGAUAGUAUUUAUGAUGAAUUUUUAACAAGAUUUAAAGUUUUUACUGAAUCAAAUAAAGUUGGAGACCCCUUUGAAGCAGAUACUUAUCAAGGGCCACAGGUUUCUCAAAUGCAAUUUGACAGAAUUAUGAAAUAUAUUGAAUGCGGAAAGAAAGAAGGGGCGACGUUAGUUACGGGCGGAGAGAGACAUGGUGAUCAAGGAUAUUUUAUUAAACCAACGAUUUUUACAGACGUUAAUGAAAAGAUGACCAUAAUGCAAGAAGAAAUUUUCGGUCCAGUGGUAGCGAUUUCCAAGUUUUCGACCGUGGAAGAAGUGAUUGAAAAAGCUCAUUUAACGAAAUUCGGAUUGGCAGCUGCUAUAUUUACUAAUGAUCUCACUAAAGCUAUUAAGUUAUCCAAUGAAUUAAGAGCUGGAACCAUUUGGGUUAAUUGUUACAAUCUUGUUAAUUCAAGAUUACCUUUUGGAGGAUAUAAAGAAUCUGGUAUGGGACGUGAUCUUUCAAAGUAUGCUUUAGAUCAGUAUACUCAAGUUAAGACUGUUCAAAUUAAUUUGGAAUAA